UUUGUGCUUUGCGCUCGCAGGCAGCUUCCUGAUUGUACCAUCCACUCCCAAAAUCCAAAAACUCGGCUUUGUCACAAAUUUGCCUUUAAUCUCCAUGGCAAGCCCAGGCUCAGACGUCCUUGAACAGACCUCUGCGAUACAAGUCAAUGCAGGAUUAGAGAGUUAUUAUCGUUACCACCUUCAAGAAUGGAAAGACUUGGCCGGGUGGCGCCAAGAUAAUGAGUACAUUACGUCUGGGUACCGCACUCUUUCCGGGUCUUUUCGGAAAUGUCUAGGAAGUCUGAAACAUAUACAUAACGAGACCGUAAAUGUCUAUUCCCACCUUCUUGGCGGGUUCUCUUCUUAGGCCGUUUCUUUUAUGUAUUAUGGAAAAUCAGUCGACACUAUACCAUCACCCGGCGCGUGGACUAUAUUGUAUUUGCGGCAUUCUCUGCGUCUUCUUCGCACCCAC